AUGACUUUGAAUCGCACCAAGCGAAGCGACGAUCAAGCGCUCGAGCCAAUCUGGACGAAGAGAGAAAGGGCAGUGACGAAGAUAACGAAGAUGCUACACCUCAAGUCUUUUGGAGAGCGAGUGCCAAUGCAGUCGAAGGUACUGACUUGUCUGAGCCGACAACGUUUGAAGAUGCUGUUGGUGGAACAGAUCAAGUGCAUUGGCCAUACCAUUGGCACCAAGUGGGUAUUCAAGAUCAAACGGAAAGCUGAUGGAUACAUCGAGAAAUACAAGGCGCGUCUUGCGGCAAAAGGGUUCAAGCAGAAAUAUGGCAUCGACUACACGGAGACGUUUUCGCCGGUAGUCAACUACGUGAAGCUGCGCAUGGUAGUUGCAAUCACGAAGUACUUUGACUAG